AUGGCCCGCCAUACAAACAGCGGAAGCCCUGGACCCAGCCACACGGCCCGCCAUACAAGCAGCAGCAGAAGCCCUGGAACCCAGCCACACGGCCCACCAUACAAGCAGCAGCAGAAGCCCUGGAACCCAGCCACACGGCCCACCAUACAAGCAGCAGAAGCCCUGGACCCAGCCACACGGCCCGCCAUACAAGCAGCAGAAGCCCUGGAACCCAGCCACACGGCCCGCCAUACAAGCAGCAGAAGCCCUGGAACCCAGCCACACGGCCCGCCAUACAAGCAGCAGAAGCCCUGGAACCCAGCCACACGGCCCGCCAUACAAGCAGCAGAAGCCCUGGAACCCAGCCACACGGCCCGCCAUACAAGCAGCAGAAGCCCUGGAACCCAGCCACACGGCCCGCCAUACAAGCAGCAGAAGCCCGGGAAUCCAGCCACACGGCCCGCCAUACAAGCAGCAGAAGCCCUGGAACCCAGCCACACGGCCCGCCAUACAAGCAGCAGAAGCCCUGGAACCCAGCCACACGGCCCGCCAUACAAGCAGCAGAAGCCCUGGAACCCAGCCACACGGCCCGCCAUACAAGCAGCAGAAGCCCUGGACCCAGCCACACGGCCCACCAUACAAGCAGCAGCAGAAGCCCUGGACCCAGCCACACAGCCCACCAUACAAGCAGCAGAAGCCCUGGAACCCAGCCACACGGCCCACCAUACAAGCAGCAGCGGAAGCACCAUAGAUCCAUUGAUCCAGAGUCCAUCCAAAUUAAUAUCCCUCUUCCAAAAAUGGCUGGGUGGAAUUGAACAAAACAGAACAAGACGUGCAUAUUUGUUAUGA